GGGUUAAAGGUUAUAGGAGGGAAAGUGUCAGAAACAGGAAAACUUGGUGCCUUUAUCACAAAAGUCAAGAAGGGAAGCAUAGCAGACACAGUGGGCCAUUUAAGGCCAGGUCGGUUUGAAUCUGUGUGAAGAUGUCAUUGGGUCUCAGUGUUGUCACAUGAUCCUGUUGGGGAAUCGAUUUAAAUAUUAUAAUCUUUUGUUGCAGUUUGUAUAUUUUAGAUCCCUCAUUUCUAUACUUAAGACCCUCUCUUUAAUUUACAAACCUUAUUAAUUAAAAUUUUAUUCUGAAAUUAUUCAGUUUUUAUUUUAAAUUAAUAUAAUAAUGUGUUGAAAAUAGCAUAGAUAAUAAAUGUAUUGUGUUUGAUUGUUAGUUAACUUAUGAGUUAGCUUGAUAUUUUGGAGGCAUAAUUAAAAAGUAUGAUUAUUUUCAUUGUCUGGGUGACUGAGCAUGACAUUCAGAGUCAGAUUGUAUUUUAAGUCAGUGCGAGUUUCCCAGUUAGUAUUAUAUUUUCAAUCAGCAUGAUACUGUUAGAAAACUUCUCAUUAUUUCAUACUUUGCUGAAUAUUCUAUUUUAAAACUGUGUCUACAGGAGAUGAAGUGGUUGAGUGGAAUGGCCGCUCUCUGCAAGGAGCCACAUUCGAGGAGGUCUAUGAUAUUAUCUUGGAAUCAAAGCAGGAGCCUCAGGUGGAGCUCAUAGUGCACAGGAGUGUUAAGUAAGUUGGCUGGUGGAGGUGUGUAGAGGUGAAAAAGGGCAAUCCUGGAGAGAAAGGGGAUGAUGUGUGCUUUGAAAAUUUUUAUUUGUUGACAAUUGUGAGCAAGUAAUGUAUACUUUUUACUCAUCGACAUGACAAAAUAUUGCAAUCCAUUUUCUUUUUUUCAUAUUUUUUUUUACUAUGUCACCUUUUUGCUAAGUUUAUGGCUACUAUAUUUGAGACUAAUAAGUUCAUCUGGGUAGGUUGAGUGCUGGUGAAAAGGAUAAUUAUUUACUUAGAGUCUGUACAACAGAGUUUGUAUACUUAUUAAAAAGGCACAUAAGGCUUGUUAUGUCGCAGAUAUAUGUUACAUUUUAUUGAUUUGAAAAAAAUCAGGCACCCUAGGCUUCUUGUGUAGCAGAUAUAUUUUACAAUUGAUUGAUUUUUAAAAAAUUAGGCACUCUAUGCUUGUUAUGCAGCAGAUAUAUUUUAAAUUUUAUUACUUUAAAAAAAAAAAAGUCACCCUAAGCUUGUUAUGUAGCAGGUAUAUUUUACGUUUUGUCCAUUUUAAAAAUGAGGCAUCAUGGCUUAUUAUUUAGCAGACAUAUUUUACAUUUUAUUGAUUUAAAAGGUUAUUUUCAUUUCAUUUGAAAAAAAUAUUAUUUAAAAAUUUUAACUGAUCUCUUAUCCUUUUCGCUAUCGAUGAUGUCGACGUGACGUCACGAUUACCCAUUUUUAAUUACCAAGGACGUCAACGUCAUAUUUCAAUGCUAUAUAUUUCUUUAUUCGUUAAUCUAUAAAGAAGUUAAAAAGCAAAACAGAUAGAGAAUGAAAAAUACAGAAAAUUUCUUUAAAGUUUUUUAUUGCUGCGUCAGCUAAAAUUGAUGCCCAAAACCAGCGGUAAUGAAAGGGUUAAUAAAUAUUUUUUACAGGCAUGGAGAAACUCCCCCUGGUGUUCAGACUUCUUUCACUGACCAUGCAAGAGGUAAGCCUGAUGCCGUUAUGACCGUAAGAGAAUAAAUAUUUUUAUUUAGUUGGCAAUUUCUGAAAUAAUUAUUUUUUAAAAGAUUUGACAUUUAGAGCAACUUGGCUAAUUAAUAAAAAAAUUAAUUGGUUAUGAACCAAUGGCAUGUCAAUUUAUUUACUAAAAAGCAGCAGUUUAAAAAAAUAAAGUCAGAACUGUUCAUCUUGAGGGUUAAUUUAAACUUUUGUUUUGCUUAUAGAUUACGGAUUGAAGGAAGCGAUACCAGAAAAUCAAAGAUCUCGGCGUUCUGUUGUUCCUGAGCCCCAACCCAGGUCAAGAUUAAGGUCAAGACCAUUAUCCCCACCAAUUACAGGAAAACUACAGGUUAGAUCAAUUAAUAAAAGCUAGUCAGAAAUAUUUCUUAUGGUAUAAUUGUUUUUAAAAAAAUAUGCAAGAAUUUAACCACAAAACAGCCAAAUCCAGCCCAGUAUUGAUGCAACCCAUGAUGACCAGAUCUGGCCACUCAAAUUGCUGUUUUUACAUUGCUUUAUAAUAAGCGUAAAUCUCACAAUUUUAAUCAAAUCUGGCAAGAGUAGAGAAAAAUUGAGAUUUCUUGUUGUUUUUUUUAAUAAUCAGGCAAGGACCAUUUAUUAUUUUAAUAGCAGAUUUAUGUAUUUAUUGCUAUGGUCAUGAGCAGUUGAGUAAUUUGUCACAGUUUAAAAUUUAAGAACUUACACAACACAAACAGUGGGAAAUAAUGUAAUACAACAUUUAAAGCAACAAGUUAUAAAUGCAAAUCAAUUAAUUUCAUAAAAAUAUAUUACAAAAUAAAUUUGCUUUAAAUUAUUUUCUAUCUACUGUGAAGGUGGAGUUGCUCCCCUUUUUGCUCGCAUGGGUUGGGAUUUCAAAUGUUAUUUCUGAACCCAAAGAAUUAAAAGAUUUAAUAGGGUUCUUCUUGAAUCUUAGUAUUACAGUACUGCAAAGUGUUAAACACUGCAAGUUUUAAUUGCUUUUAACUAUUUACUGUUGUAAAAAAAAAAAUCUCCUUUUCAAAUGCAUUUUUAAUCUAAAAUCUCUGCCAUGACUAUAAAAGAUACUUUUUGUAAUAUCUAUUUUAAUUAUUGUAAUAGGUGAAACUUUGGUAUGAUGUCCAGAGCUAUCAGCUCAUUAUAAGCGUCAUCAGCGCCAUUGACCUCCCUCUUACAGAUGCGGGCAAGUUCCGCAACCCUUACUGUAAAAUGUAUAUGCUGCCUGAUAGAAGGUGAAUAAUGUUAUUGUCGUAUCAUUAUUUUGAAAUUUGAAUUUAAUGUUGAAUGAUAAAUUGUGUACUUUUAUUUGGAAUUUAUAAAAUUUUAAAAAUAAAAUAAAACAAAUACAUUGACCCAAAUUUGGCUGGAUUAUCCGUUAGGAACAUUAGGUGCAUGCUUAGGUGCCAAGACGUAUAAGGUGCACUCCAUCAAGGAAAAACAGUUAAAUAAAAAAAAACUGAAUUCAAAUACAUUAUUGGAAUAGAUUUCUUUUCUGGCAAUAGAUCCUGGUAUAAACACUAGCACUGGAUAUUGCAAUCACCUGCCUACUGUCAAAGUACAGUUGUUAUAACACAAUUAGAAAAAAAACUAUGAUUAAGGUCGUCAUAGUGAAUUUCAACUGAUAAACUAUUUGUUAUAACAUCUCUGAAGUUCUUAAUCUAAAUGUAUUGACCCACAAACAAUAACUCAAAUAUUACUUUUUUUAUAAUGUCCCAUUUCCUGACAUAUGUCUGCAAGUCCAUCAUUGUCCUCAAAGUGAGUUCAGCUCAAUAUCUUGUUUUGAUGCUUUUUUCCACCUUACAGCGAGAAAAGCAAACGUCGCACAAAAACAGUAGCCAGCACAAUAGACCCAACCUGGAAUCAAACAUUUAUCUAUUGCCCAGUGAAAGAGUCAGAUAUGCAUGAACGGUUGUUAGAGAUAACCGUAUGGGAUUAUGACAGAGUCGGAGCUUCAGAAUUCUUGGGAGAGGUGAGUUGGAAUGUAUUAACCCUUUGAACCCUUGGCUCCUGCUCCUAAAAUACCAAUGCUCCUGGGGAAAAUUUCAACAAACUGACACACAAGCAAACAAAAUUGAAUGAUUAUAAAACUAACACAUUUAUUUUUAGCAUAAAUUUGUCUGUUAGUAUUAUAAAAUGUAUCACAGGGAUAAAAUUGUCUUAGAAAUGAUGUAAAAUAGCAUAGUAAAAGGUCAUUUGUAAACCCUGAUUUUUCAUAAAAGCCAGGGCCAGGACUAAAGGUUGUUGUUUCACUAGAAGUUGAAGUAAAUUGAUUGUCAUUAUCACUGUUUAUUUGCUUUGUUUCAAUCCUUUUUCAAAGUAUGACAAUCCUUUGAAUCAUUUACUUUAUCAUAAACCUACUCUAUUUUGAGUUCUUUAGAAUAGCAAUUUUUCUAUUUUUGUCACUUCUAUACAUGGAAAAACAUUACAAAAUCAAUACAAAAACAUGCAAAUCACGUGAUAAACCCUGAACUCAGUCUUUACAACACAUUUUAUAUACAGACUGUCAAUCUAGGGUUAGGUAUGGGAGACCGAAAUAUCGGUCUGGCAAAGUCUGGAUUUUUUAAUGCACAGACCGAUAAAGCGGGAUCACAGAUUCAAAGGGUUAACUUUUGGGCAUCAAGAAUUUAGUUCAAAAGAAUGACACUUUAUCCUUCUAGAACUUCAUUUUUAAUUCUUAUACUUGACUUGAAACUUUAAAAAAAAAAUUGAACCCACUGGUAUUGUUCUUGUUUUAAAAUGUGAUAAUCUUCAUGGCCCAAGUCUUCCUAUUGCUGAUGAGUUGCUGUUUUUUUUAAUGUAAAAAUCUAGUAGCGUUACUUACAAGAAUUAUAAUUCUGGAAUUUGUAUUCAUAUUAAAGCAAUUAAUAAUGUUUUUAUAAAUUACACAGUAAGUUUUUAAAAAAAACAGAAAUAUUUGAGAAAUUUAAGUGAACUUGGAAAGACUGAUAGAUUAAUUAGACACAAACAAUUUAUGUAGCAAUUUAUGUUGUUUUUGUCUAAUUAAUCUACUUUAAAGAUCUACCCCAGUCCAAUAGUCUUACAGAAAGACAGCUACCAUGUCUGGAAAUAUUUCCCAGUUACUAUUGGAAAUCCUCAUAUUUAUACAUGUGUAUAUUUAAUUAUUUUGGUACUAUUGUGUCAUGUAUAAAAAAUAAGAAGAAAAACAUUACUAAUAAACAUGGGAUAUUUUGAUAAGGCUCAGUUACAGAACUACUCUCUUGCCAAAGUUUAAGAUGUUUAAAAAAAAAAAAUUUUAAAACCAUCACAUACUCUCCAAUACAAAAAUUGCUGACUAUGGCAGUGUCUCAUUUACUUUGCUUUUUUUGUACCCAACUUUCUUAUGAUAUAUUUUAUAUACUUUCUCAUAUCUGUGUUUCAGGUAUUAAUUGACUUAACAACUGCCAACCUUAAUGAUGAACCAUAUUGGUAUCAACUUGAUCACCAUGACAACGCAAGCAUUCCACUUCCUGCUUCCUCACCACGCACAGUAAGUCCAAAUUUCUAUGUUAUUUUGUUUUCCUUGCCAAAUUGUACUCUUCACUUACAAUUCCACCAGUUUUCAGUUCUUCUGCUCAUUCCAAAAGUUACGGUACUGAAUUCUGUUUGAACUCUGUAAAUAAAAAAAAUUUCAUGUCAUGAUAUAGCACUCACAUUUUUACAAAGUUGAUUUUGAGAGGAAAAGAGAGAGAAAAAAUGUACAUUUUCAGAAAACAUUUGUUAAAAAUUAUCUCACUUUCAGAAAACCAGUCAGGAUCCAUAUGAUGUAAGAAAAGAUCAUCUGUCACCCCCAAUCAGCACCAGAGGCCUGAGUGACAGUGAUAUGUCAGAGCUGGACUUUGAUGACAGCAUUGGAGUUGUGCCAGGUAUGGCUCUAUUAUUUUUUUUUGGUCAUCCAUGUUGA